AUGGGAGUUACAAUUGAAGAGCUUAGUCCAGGAGAUGGAAGGACAUUUCCGAAGAAAGGUCAGCUUGUCGUUGUGCAUUACACAGGAACAUUAGACAAUGGGGAUGUAUUUGACUCUUCAAGAGAUAGAGGGGUACCAUUUAAAUUUCAUUUAGGAAAAGGAGAAGUAAUAAAAGGUUGGGAAGAAGGUAUAGCAAAAAUGAGUGUUGGUCAGAGAGCAAGGUUAACAUGUUCACCAGAUUAUGCUUAUGGUAAUAGAGGUCACCCUGGUGUUAUUCCACCAAAAGCUACAUUAAGGUUUGAUGUAGAGUUAUUACGAUUAGAAUAAAGAAAACAAAGAUUUAUAUUUAUAUGAUGAAUGUAUGUGAGUGUUUUCAUGUGAACAAUAAUAACUGAACAGUUAUGAAGUGAUGAACAGUUGAAUAUGAUGAAAGAAAUAACGGGAUUGUUCACAGUCUUGGAAUUCUUCUAUUCACAGGAAUAAAGAUGUGUUUACAGUACAUGUGUGGACUCUUGUGGUUUAGUUUUUUCCUUGAGACAUUUGACAGUUUACAGGCCUAGAGUAGUGUCUUGUCACCCACAAAACAUUGUUCAAAAAAUGUCUAAUUGAAAAAAAAAUAAAUCAACAGUCUUGUUUUACUCACUCCAAGGAAUUUAUUGUUUGACUUGAAAUAGGUCAGCAUUAAAUGGAUUUAUCUUUUGGAAAAUAUCAGUUUAAAGAUUAAAUGGAGUUAACAGAAAUUUUUACGUGUUUAAUUGUUUCCUGUUACUGAUUACAUAAUAUGUUGUGUGAUUCCAUAGUUCAGUCCAUGAGCCUUGGUAAUUGCUGUGGACAUUGUGAGAUAGAAUAUUAUCCUACAGCAAAAUUCAACAUUGAUUGUUGGAUAUUAAUGCAUUGUGUGUCAGGUGUAUUCAAAAGCAAGGUGAUAAUUGUGUUGUCUGUCACCAUCUUUACUGCAGUUGGAUUUGUCUGCUGAGAAAUUUAUAUGUAUGGUUAAAAUGAAUACCAGUUCUGUGUUUUAUAUUUUUUCUUUUAACUGUUUUCUAUAUUCAUUUUAUGAAAUUCAGUCGGGUUUGUUUUUAGAAUUAAGGUGAUUUGAUUGGUUGUUUACUAUCACAUUUGUCAAAGAAAUGAAAUCAUGAAAUCCAUGCAAUUUUGUAAUAAGAAUAUGUUUUAAUG